AUGGAAAGUCCAGAAAGAAAAAAACAGAAGGUUUUAAAGGCCAAAAAAACAAUGCCUGCAAGUUGCCGGAAGCAGUUGGAGAUCCUGAACAUGUCAAAGAAUGUUGAAGCUUCAAAAUCAACAGUUGGAACUAAUAUUCCAAAUGGCCAUAAUCAAAAGAAGAUGUUUUCAGAAAACAAAGAAAAUGUUAAGCUCAUGAAAGCUUCAGAGCAAAUUAAUGAAAAUGGUUGUGUAGCUCUGGAAAGGCAUACAGCACUACUAGAACAGGUUAAACAUUGGAUUCGACAGGAAAUCUACAUGAUGAAUUGUAACCUAUUUGAUAAAAAACUGAAUGAACUUAAUGAACGCAUUGGGAAGACCCAGUGCAAGAAUAAGCAUGAAGCAAUAGCUGGUGAGCUCUUUGUGAAAAUCAGAAGACUUCAAAGACGUAUUAAAAAAGUUUUAUCAUCUCAAGAAAAUUUGUUGGAACCAAACACAUUACCUAAUAAUACAGUCUGUAAGAUUACAGAUUCAGAGACCAUGAAUUGGAGUGUGACCCAAGGGUCAGUUAAAAGCCUAAGUAAAAGAACACCUGUGAACCCUGAUCCUUGUAACUCUUCAGAAAAAGCAACUAGAAGGGUUAAUUUAUCUUCAGCUUGUGUCCAGUUUGUUUCUGAAAGUAACGCUGAUGAUGUUAUGUUAAUUUCUGUGGAAAAACCCAAUUUGACAACUCCAAUUACAUCAGUUUCAACAGAAUUUGGAAAAAACAGAUCAAAGAAAUUCAGCAACUCAUCUAAUACCAUAAUUGAAGUUGGGGCUGAAGAGAAGAAACCUGAUUUUGUUAUUGACUUGACAAGAGAUGGCAUGCCCAGCAACAGCAUAGAAAGCCCAGCAUUCACCCUGAAGUCAUCUUCGAAAGCUGUUUUAAGAUCAAACGAAAUAAUCCCAGUGGCAGAAAAUGGAGAUGAGGGUUUUGAUUCAUUUGAACACCUGCCACCUCUCCCAGAGCCGUCACCACCACUUUCUGAGAUGGCAGACAAAAUCCAAGACACUCUUCCUCCCCAAAAGCCUGAGCUGAGAGUGAAGCGGGUGUUGAGACCCCCAGGCAUUGCCCUGGCAUGGAACAUCCCCAAGGUCAACCCCAAAUGCGCUCCUGUGGAGAGCUACCACCUCUUCCUGUGCUACGAGAACUCCAGUCAUUUGACUUGGAGGAAAAUUGCGGAAAUUCAAGCUUUACCGCUCCCAAUGGCCUGCACUGUAUCUCACUUUUUAGCUUCCAACAGAUACUAUUUUACUCUUCAAUCAAAAGACAUUUUUGGGCGAUAUGGACCAUUUUGUAAUAUAAAGUCUCUUCCUGGGUUUUCUGAAAACCUUACCUAA